CCUGUGCCAGGGUUAGUUAACCCCAGGGUUAACCGGGACAGGAAGAGGACUAACCUCUGUCCUACAAUGUAAUUUAGUAACAGGGUGAUCUGGGAACAAGAGGCAGUUUGCUAACAUCUCCCUGCUUGGAUCUUAGCUUUCCCAUGGAUGCCAGAGUCUGGCAUUGCCUCCAGGCUGGCCCUCCCUUGGUUUGAGCCGGAGCCACCAGGACCCUCCCGGAGCACCUGAGCCAGGUAAACAGAACCUUUGCGAGUCCUGAGCCCCUCCCUGAAAGAGCUUCUCUGGACAAACCGACAUCAGGGCUCAACUCGAGGUCAGUGUGUGGGCGACCUUGAGGGUGUAGAUCUUGAGGGAAACCAGAGCAAGGUAAGAAGCAGGUGCCACCCAGGCUCUCCAGGCUCCUUUACAGGUGUGGAAACCGAGGCCCCCGCAGGGGAAUGGCGAGGUCCCAUAGGCACUGGCCGAGCUGAGACUGGACUAGGGGCCUCUGACCCUGCAGCCCAUCCGGAGCACUCCAUCUGCCUCUCAGGGCUCACUCGGGAAGGACUGCCUUGUCCCUGCAUCCCCGGGCAUCUCCAGCCAGGCCCCAUGGCCUUUGCAGAGCUCCUGGAACAAGUUGGCAGCCUGGGGAGAUUUCAGAUCUUCCAGAUCAUCUCUCUGGUUUUUCCCAUUGCAUUUGUCACCUCUCACAACCUGCUGGAGAACUUCACGGCAGCCAUCCCCGCCCAUCGCUGCCGCAUCCCCUUGCUGGACAAUGCUACUGCCUCUCCCAAUGUCACUGGGGGCCCGGGACCUGAGGCUCUCCUGAGAGCCUUCAUCCCGUUGGACGAACACCAGAAGCCGGAGCGAUGCCGUCGAUUCCUUCACCCUCAGUGGCAGCUGUUGGAGCCCAACACGUCGGACCCAAACGCAAGUGUGGCGGGCACCGAGCCCUGUCUGGACGGUUGGGUCUACGAUCAGAGCAACUUCACCUCCUCCAUUGUGUCUGAGUGGAACAUGGUGUGUGAUUGGCUAUUCCUGAAGCCCAUGACUCAGUCCAUAUACAUGGCGGGCAUCAUGAUUGGAGCUCUCAUAUAUGGCUCCUUGUCUGACAGGUUCGGGCGGAGGCUGGUGCUGAGCUGCUGUUACCUGCAGUUGGCAAUCAGUGGCACCUGUACUGCGGUUGCUCCCAACUUCUCCCUUUACUGCUCCCUCCGUUUCCUAUCAGCCUUUGCUGUGGCUGGCAUUAUGAUGAAUACCAGCACACUCUUGAUGGAGUGGACGAGAACCCAGGCUCGAGCCAGAGUGAUGACAAUAAAUGCUCUUGGCUUUAGCUUUGGCCAGGCCAUGCUGUCGGGGGUCGCGUAUGCCAUCCGAGACUGGUACCUCCUCCAGCUGACUGUGUCUGUGCCCUUCUUCCUCUUCUUUCUGUCUUCGUGGUGGCUUGCCGAGUCUGCCCGUUGGCUCAUCAUCACGGGCAAAACCGAUCGAGGGCUCCAUGCGCUCAGAAAAGUUGCAGGAAUCAACGGGAAGAAGGAUGCCAGAGACACUUUGACCACCGAGAUCGUGCUAGCCACCAUGCAGGAAGAUUUAACGACAGCCAAAGUUCAGCACUCAAUGGUGGAUCUCUUUCGAACCCCUGAGCUGCGCAAGCGGUUUGGCUGCAUGCUCUCUCUGUGGUUUACCUUUGGUUUCACCUUCUAUGGCCUUGCCCUGGACAUGCAGAGCCUGGGGAGCAAUAUUUUCUUGAUCCAGGUGCUCUUUGGGGCCAUUGACAUCCCAAACAAGAUGGGCGCCUUCUUCGCCAUGAACCACCUGGGGCGGCGCAUAACCCAGGCGGGUUCCUUCAUCCUGGCCGGCCUCUGUAUUCUGGCCAACACGGUGGUACCUCCGGAGCUGCAGACCCUGCGGGUGACCUUCGCCGUGCUGGCCAUUGGCUUUGUGGGCUCCGCCUUCACCACCCUCGUUGUCUACUGCAGCGAGCUCUUCCCCACCGUGCUCAGGAUGACGGCCUCGGGCGGCUGCCAGAUGCUGACCCGGCUGGGCUCCAGCCUGGGGCCGCUGGUGCGGCUGCUGGGCCCGGUCAGCCCCUUGCUGCCGCUGUGCGUCUAUGGGGGGGUCCCGGUGCUCGCCGGCCUGGCCGCGCUCCUGCUGCCCGAAACCCUGCACCUGCCGCUGCCCGACACGGUCCGCGACGUAGAGAGCCGAGUGAAAGGUGCCGAGCCAGAGCCGAGCACUGUGAAGUCCACGCCGUUCUAGGACCGCUGGGGGAGCCCCAGCCCCGAGAGCCCACGAGCCCCGGCAGCUUGGGGAGUGCUCACUUACUCGAGAGUGGGGAGCACUCACGGGCGCUGCCCUCUCGCUCCCCACCCUUCUCACCAAUCCCUGGGAUUCUGACCCAUUGGCAUCCUCCCAUCAGCCUCCUCCCUCUGCUGCCCAAGAGCUGGGCCUGCUUCCAACCUUAGCCCCGGAUCUUUCUCUCUCCCCUUUUCCUUUCCCUCUUCCCUUCCCCCCCCUUCUCCCCCUCCCCCUCCCUGCACCUCUAGUGUGGAGGAUGGGGCAGGGGAGCAGGGCACUAACUUUCACUGCUGAUGGGGGCUUUCCUAAGACCUCCUCUCUCCCCACACAAGGAGCCCCUUCUGGCUUCCCUGCUGACCAGUGUCCUGCUUCUGCCUUGGACGGGCCCUCAGCAGAGCCGGUCUGUAUCCGGGUUAACAAACCUUUACCGAAUGGAUGCGUCCUAGUCCUUCCCAGUAGAAUGGAAGUUUUGGGAGGGCAAGAAAUGCUUUGUUUAGCCCCCGCAAGCGCUUGGUGCAUAGUAGGUGCUUAAUAAAUGCUUGCUGCUUGAACGACUAAUAGAUACCACUGUAGGAGAGGCCCCGGGCUGAGCCUGGCUCUGUGCUGAGUCUGAGUGUCUGCAGAGGGGACCCCAAAGCCUGCGGAGUCAGAAACAGCCCCCCCCAGUGUACAGGUGUGU